UUAAUAUUAUAGUUCAGGGACUUUUGGCAAUGAUUCUUAAAGAGGGGUAUUAGACUUUCAUGCUAUUUUUAUUGUUUUGCUAAGCUUUAUUAAAAAUAAUUGAUAGCUUUGUGGAAGACAAUCUUUAAAUAAUCAAAAAUGUGCUCAAAGCUCAAAACUAACCUAAAUUAUUUAUUUCUUAUAAUCGUGUUGUUCGCUGGCGUAGUCAUGGGAAUGAGCAAAGAUGAACGAAACCGAUUGAAAGAGAAGAGUCGAGAAAUGUUCUAUCAUGCCUACAAGUCUUAUUUGAAUCAUGCAUACCCUGCAGAUGAACUAAUGCCCCUAAGUUGUAAAGGAAGAUACCGAGACAAAGAACCUAAUCGAGGAGAUAUUGAUGAUGCACUGGGAAACUUCUCAUUGACACUUGUUGAUUCUUUGGACACCUUGGUGCUGCUAGGGGACUUGGAUGAAUUUGAACAUGCUGUGAAACUAGUCAUCCGAAAUGUGAAGUUUGAUUCUGAUUUAGUUGUGUCAGUGUUUGAGACCAACAUUAGGAUGGUUGGAGGUCUCUUAAGUGGUCACAUCUUUAGUUCCUAUCUUCAAGACAAGCUAAACCAUAUGCAUUGGUACAGAGGAGAAUUACUGAACAUGGCCAAGGAACUAGGGUACAGACUCCUGCCAGCAUUCAACACUACCACUGGAGUACCGCAUCCACGGAUUAACUUAAAGUAUGGACUGAAAUCACCAAAGCUUGGGGUGUUACGAGAGACAUGCACUGCAUGUGCUGGUACUAUGAUCUUGGAGUUUGCUGCUCUCAGCCGUCUUACUGGAGAACCUAUAUUUGAGGACAAAGCAAGAGCAGCCAUGGACUAUCUGUGGCACCAGCGGCAUCAGACCAGUGACUUAAUGGGUACAGUACUUAAUAUCCAUAGUGGAGACUGGGUUCAGAGAGAAAGUGGUGUGGGAGCUGGAAUAGACUCUUAUUAUGAGUAUUGUCUGAAGGCCUACAUUCUCCUAGGAGAUGAUACAUAUUUAGAACGCUUCAACAAGCACUAUUCAGCAGUUAUGAAGUACAUUAGUCAAGGACCGCUUCUAGUGGACGUUCACAUGCAUCGGCCCCAUACUAACUCUCGAAACUUCAUGGAUGCUCUCCUAGCUUUUUGGCCCGGUCUCCAGGUACUGAAGGGAGAUAUAAAACCAGCGAUUGAAACACAUGAGAUGCUGUAUCAAGUUAUGCAGAAACAUAACUUCCUACCAGAGGCCUUCACCACUGAUUUUCAAGUCCACUGGGGGCAACAUCCAUUACGGCCUGAAUUUGUGGAGAGCACCUAUUUCCUCUUUAAGGCAACAGAAGAUUCUUACUACUUGGAAGCAGGAAAAAAGGUAUUAGAAAGUCUUCAGACCCAUGCUCGUGUCCCAUGUGGGUUUGCUGCUGUUAAAGAUGUGCGUACUGGUAGUCACGAGGACAGAAUGGACUCCUUUGUUUUGGCUGAAACUUUUAAGUACUUGUACUUGUUAUUCUCCUUGAAAGAAGAACUCAUCAUCAAUCUUGAUGACUUCGUGUUUACCACAGAGGCCCAUCUGUUUCCUUUAAGUCUAGCUCGUCUCAGUAAUGCAACAGUCGUUCCAUCUCCCAAGUCACACAUAUUAGAUCUAGUAGAAGAGGAUUUUUCUAGCAGCUGUCCUAACACACAUUACCUCUUCCCUGAAGACAGAAACUUUGCUCAUUCCAUACGGCAACCUUUGAAAAACCUUGUUGAAGGCACAUGUCCAACUUAUAAGUCAGGGUUAAAACGACGUAGGCUGUCUGCCUCAGAGUUCCAGGCCUCCAACAAAAAUCAUUUGGCUCUGGUGAGAAAGAUGGGAAUUACAGUAGUUAUGUUAGCUGAUGGAAGAAUUCAACUAGUACACAACAGUGCUCAGGCAGAGUCUCAAGAUGAUGCUGAAGAAGGAGUUUUGUUCAUGCAAGAAAUGAUUGAACUCUCUAAAGCCCAGAAUCAGCAGGAGCGUCAGCUACGAGUUGUAUACUUUACAUUACCUGGAACCAAGGUACGAAUGGUACUAAAUGCUGGACCAGCUCAGUUUGGUACCGACUUAAAAGGAAGGAAUCCAGUAGAAGCAGAAGUUGUGGUAGCUCAACCACUGCGAGCCUGCGGGAUCAUAAACAACAAGGAUGAAGUAAAAAAUAAGCUUGUCAUUGUUGAACGGGGCGAUUGUAUGUUUGUUGAAAAGGCACGAAAUAUUGAAGCAGCUGGAGGCAUCGGAGGACUAGUACUGGAUAAUAAUCCAGAAACCAGCUCUAAAUCCUCCCCUAUGUUUGCUAUGUCUGGAGAUGGCAAUGAUGACAUUAAGAUUCCUGUGGUGUUUCUCUUCUCCGAAGAUGGAGGGAUCUUGUUGAAUGCAGUUCGAGAACAUCCAGGGCUAUUAGUUGGGAUAGCUGAUGCAUUAUCGUUGAAAGCUGAAGAAGUCCACACAGAGCAAGUUCCCAGUUCUCCACAGGGUCUUGGUGAUGGAGAUGCUCCUUCGGUGAUAGGAGUUGGUCAGGUCACUGAGGUCUACGAACCAGACAUGUCACAAGAUAAAGAUACAUCUAGUGUCAAUAAACGUAUGCAUGAACUGUUUAUGAAGCUCCAUAAUCUUCAACAGAUCAAAGUGGACCUAGAUCAGUUGUUAACUCUUGUCAGCAGUGGUCAGUUUUCAAGUUCUGGUAAUGACAUUCUACAGAAGAGAUUUCGGCACUUCUUAAAAACACUGCUUGGUAAAGAAAAGUUAUUGUCACUUGAUCAAGAACUCCUGAAUUUAUUAGUCAAACUGUCUAAGACAGUUCAGUUUACAGAUUCCCUCCCUUUCCUUCCAAAUCUCCAAACACUAAAUCCUUUGACCAAUCCAAUAGCUUUUCAGUACUUUCUACAAAAUAUCAGAACUCAAAAAGAACCUUUCCUUACCUCAGCAUACAAAAGUGGUGCCAGUGGUAAAUUGACACAAGGUCAGUCAUUUCAGUCUACUCUGGUCAGUCCAGAUGAUCAGAAAGAUGAUUUAUGACCCUAGUGCAAUCCAUUUUUGGCUAUGUACAUUCCAUGGUCACGACGAGACUCCAGAACUCCCUCCUUGAUGUAUAAAUCCUGAAAUAAAUGUUUAGGGGAGGGGACAAUGAUGCUGUAAAUCAUUAUUUAUCUUUGUUGGAAGGUACACUUGGGGACUGGUAAAGCCUGAGCUUUAAGGACAAAGCACUUUCAUACUGUUGUUAACCUAAUUUAAUUAUUUAAUGCAACUGGUCUAAAGUUUACCAUCAUGAGUAAUAUUUAAAACUUUGGUAUCCAAGUUAUUGAUAUUCAGAUGCUUUAUUUCCAGUGGUGUUUUGUGAAAGAACCAAAAGGUGCACCAUGAGUUUCAAAGAUUGAGAGUGUAGUGUAUACAUCUAGAAGGCUGUUUCAUUAUGACUCAUUUUUAACUGGUGACCUUCUCUCACCAUACUCUAUAUAUGAUGGGAAAAUUUGGAAGAAAUUUCUGCUUUUCUAACUUGUUUUGAAUGAACUACCUGUCAUAGCAGAAAAGUAAGAAAAAUUUUAACUUUCUGAAAGAUGCAACAGAAGUGGGUGUGAUAAGAUUUAAUUGUAAAAAUUAAGUAAUUUGUAUCAGAUAUUUUGUUGAACAUUCUCUCUUCUAAUUGGAAUAAUAGCUUUAUGUGAUGACAUGCUUUUUAGGUUUGAAGUAUUACAUGCUCUGUUCUUUAUCAUUUAAACAUGCCAGUUUCAGGCAGAUUAGCCAUGUGGUGGAUCCAUAGAUUUGACAAUUCAGUGUGUUGAUGUGUGCAUCAACAUGUCAAAGUCAGAAACUUACAUGUGGUCGAUCCAUAGAUUUGACAGUUCAAUGUGUUGAUGUGUGCAUCAACAUGUCAAAGUCAGAAACCUAGUGACGUUAAAGUUCCAAGUUAGAAGUUUCAGCAAAUGUGGUAAAGAUCAUACUAUCCAGAACCAAAGUAAUGUAUGUGUUAGUUAAAACAGAAAAUUGCUAAUGUUAUGAGACCUUUAGUAAGAUAGCAGUUUUUAAACAUCAAUCAGUUAAAGACAUGACUUUAUUGUUGUUGUUUUGUUUUUACUAGCCUUUUAAACAAUGGAGAUAAGUGUUAAAUAGAAGGUCAGUUGUAACUUUUCUAGGAUUAAACUAGCCAUGUCACAAGGGUAAGCAGUUAGUAGACUAUUAGACUAGAAUCAUCAUUUGUUUUUUGCUAUUAUCAGACAUUUGUUACGGGUUUAUUGUUCAAUGUCAGCUUCAACUUCCUAGGAGGGUCAGAGUUGAACCUAGUAGUCCGAACAGAUAAAGGAGUGUGGGUUCAAGUGCCCUGUUCUAUGACAUAAAGAUAAUAUCUAACAGAUGAUUUCUGCAUAAAUAAAAAGGCAUAGGGUCCAUAGAAUUUAAAGAAAAGGUCAGUAGCUGGUACAUUAGUGUACCAUGUCUUUUUGGUAUAAUCGUUAAGAUUUGCUCUAGAUACAAACAACUGCUGGAAGCUAUUACAAGUAAGAUAUCAUUUUUUGAAGCGUUAUAUUGUUGUCAAAAACUUUAAACACCUGAAAGAAAAGUUUUGUGUAGGUUCUGUGGUAUAUUUGAAUAUAUAUAUAUAGUUUUAUGUUACAAGUGAAAUAACUUAUAUUUGUCUAAUUAACUAAAGUACUAAUGACUGACAUUAUAAAAUAUUCCUAAUAAUUUAUAACUUUUUUUUUAUCUUUUUAUUUUUACUGCAAGAAACUUUGAAAGUUUCUUAGUUUAAGUACUUAUCAGUGAAGGGUUUCUUUUUGUUACAUUUUUGUUUUUGAAUUCUUACCAGCCACAGUUAACCCUACUUUCUUCUAGAUUUUUUGGGCGAGUCACAUAGAAGUAAAAUGUUCCUUUAAAAACUUGGCUCUAUGAAUAAUUCAUCAGGCUUCAACUAGAUAGUCAUUUUAAAUGUAACAUUUUCCUCAAAAAUUGUACUUGCAAAUCAAUUACAUUCACCAGAAAUUAUAAAACUAAACUUAGUUGGUUUUUUAAUCAUAAAAUUGUAUUAACAUUCGCACAACUUUACUAAUGAUCAUCGAACAAAACUGUAUGUGUAUGUACAUACAAAGAAAAAAAAAUAGUAAUGAUGUUUUAUGUAUUUUUAUCGUAAUGCUUGAUUUUCACGAAUGGUAAGAACCAAAACAUCCUCUCUUUUCUUUUCUCCUUCAGGGCACCAACUUAUUAAAUUUAACAUAUACAUGUUAAUAAAUAGCUUCAAUAAAGCCAGCAUGCUUUUUUCUAUCACAUCUUUCAUUAGUAGGGAUUUUCAAGUCCAUACAUUUCAUUACAGAUUAUAUGGAGGUUAUUAGAGAUUUUGUUAUGUAAACUUAGCAUGCAUUCACACCAAACACUUACUUACUCAAGUUCACAGUAUUAUGAUGAAAAGGAAGCUUUCAACAGUAUAGAUUUUGAUAUUGAACACUAUAUAAAUUAUAAUGUAUAUUUAAGAAACUUCAUUUUUGGUAAUAAAGCUGGAAGUCUAUGUGUUCGAAGCAGAAGUUUCUUGUUGCUUUCACCCAAAAAUGUUUGUCUAUGGGAAAUUUGAGAGUAAAGGGCUAAAUUUUGUGAUUUUCCAGAGUGUGUUAUCUGAAUGAAAUCUUUAUUAUGAUAACGUGUUAUUUCAGUAAAAGUUUGUUUUAGAUUAUACAUCAUGUUGUUAUAUUUGAGUUACUCAAUGAAAGUUGUACAGUAGUGAUAACUGUGUAUUUUCUAGGUAAAUCACUUUUAAAGAAACAGGUUUUUUUGUUUGUAACCUAUCUAUGUAUUUAAUCCUUGAUGUUUUUAAGCAUUAUCUAUGUGUUUUCUUGAGUUUUUUUCUCAUUUGGUCAUAGAGUGUAGGAAAAUAUUAUUGGUGAAAGUGUCUUUUAUAUUUUUCUCAAGGAAGAGAGAGAGAGCUAAGACUAAUAUCAGUAAGAAAAUGAAAAAGCAAGAGAUGUACUAUUUACCAUGAUGAACUGAAAAAGAACGUGACAUCUAACGUAGCUAUAAAAUUGUUCCUAAUCAUAUAUACGUGUGUGUGUGUGUAUGUAACAACAUGCAGAAUUUGGUAAGCAUCCAAUGAACAGGCACUUUCUUUUUAAUAAACUGUGUUAUGUGACUAAA